AUGGCCUCAGCAACAUCCUUCCGCCAAAUCGUCGGCACCCCGCCCUCGACGGCCUCACCUACCGACAGCACCCUCAUCAUCAUCGACGCUCAAAAUGAGUACGCAGAAGGCAAGCUCGCCGUCCGGGACGUCGCCUCCUCGCGGAAGGCCAUCGCCGCUCUGCUGCAGAAGUACCGCGACGCCGGUCAGCCCAGCAGCAUCGUGCACGUCGUCCACGAUACGCCCGAAGGCGCUCCCCUCUUUACGCCUGGAACCAAGCUGGCCGAGGAGUUCGACGAGCUGAAGCCCAAGGACGGUGAAAAGGUGGUGAGGAAGCAGUUUCCUGGUUCCUUUGCGGGAACGGAUUUGCAGGCGCAUUUGGAGGGGUUGGGAGCGAGGGGGAAGAAGGUUGUUUUGACCGGGUACAUGGCUCACGUUUGUGUGUCUACUACCGCUAGACAAGCUGACCAGCGUGGGUUUGACGUUCUGAUCGCUGAGGAUGCGGUCGGCGAUCGUGAUAUUCCUGGCGUCGAUGCAGCGCAGCUCGUCAAGGUUGCUUUGAGUGAGGUUGGUGAUGCUUUUGGUACUAUUGUGCAGAGCAAAGACAUUUGGUCUGGGAAAGACACAACUAAAUCCAUGGCGACGAAGCAGUACUGCAACUCAACUUUAUCAUCGGUGACGUUCUUAACAACGAUCUUUGCUAAGGAGCUCGUUCAACCCGUUCCACUCACUCUUGUACUAAUUCCCUAUCUAGAGCCUGAAUCUCUGCAGCCGGUCUCAGCCGUGCGGUUCUCAAGAUCCAUAGCUGAAAUCGCCGAUUGGCGGUGCCAUAGCGCGGAGAAAACGGCACCAUGCUAUCAAGGCCCUGACGAUCGGUGCGGCCUACCCGAGCUGUUGAAGCCCACUAAAGAGGCACAGCAACCGUUACUGAUUCGAAUACUGACGGGACAUUGGGCCGCGCAGCUAACCGACUUGGCGAAGAACGAAUUCAUAGCCCAAAGAGCUCGAAUACUCACAAAGUUGCAAGGGCAAAGCGGCGGGUUUAACAGCUUGGGAUUCGGACCUCGGACAACUCAGUUCUGCGAGCGAAGCAUUGGCGCGCUCAUCACCAUAUGA